UUUCUCCUCAUCUCAUCUUCUCAACCGACACUACUCAUGGCUCCAGGCUACCGAUCGCCAUUUGAUCAUCCUCCAUCACUCAAACCCAUCCAUAACGCAGAUGUAAUGCCUCCAGCUCUAGCCAUCUUCCUCUGCGUGUCAACCAUUGUCUGCCUCGCACUCUUCAUCUUCUACACCGCCAACCAUCAUAAGCACCUCCAACACCGAGACGAUGCCUCCGUACCAGCGCAAGAGAUGGCCCUAAAUCAACCGUUCAUUCCGAAGAAUCUUGUUGUGAGGUCCGGUGAAGAUAUUCAGAGAGCAUUCAACAUCCGCGACGAGAGCCGCACCGACGAUCUGCAGCAGCCUUUACUUCCAGCAGAGAGAAAUAGCAAUCCACCAACGAAUGGUGUUGAAAUGGCUUCACGACGACAUUAUAAUGUAUAUAAAGAUUCAAUCCAUUGGCAUGGGAUCAACAUGUUGAAUACAUCCUGGGGGUGGAUGGCUUAG